AUGGCACCUUCUAAGAAAGGGGAUACACCGAAAAGAACAAAGAGAGUAAAUUCUAAGGCAACUAGGAAAACAAAACGAGCAAAUCUUAAACCCAUAGCUGAAGAAGAAGAAACUAUAACAAUGACACAAGGCGAAUUAGAUGCACUCAUAGCUGAACAAGUGGCUGAAAUUCUUGCCAUGGAAGCAAGCAAGAAUACUAGCAAAACUACGGAAGGAAACUCUAGUAGAGCAGUAUUCCGAUUAUGUGAAUGCACUGACGGCAGCCGAGUCAAGUAUGCCACCGGCACACUUAUUGGUGGUGCUCUUUCAUGGUGGAGUGGAUAUGUUAAUUCUAUAGAAAUAGACGCAGCUAAUGCAUCACCGUGGGAAGAAGUCAAGGAAAUGAUGAAGGGAGAGUAUUGCCCAAGGAACGAGAUUCAGAAGCUAGAGAUAGAGUUCUGGUAUCUGGUAGUAAAAGGGAAUAAUGUGGUUGAAUAUACUAGGAGAUUUUAUGAGUUGUCAGUAUUGUGCCCAACAAUGGUCACUCCUGAGUACAAACGACUGGAGAGGUACAUUUGGGGACUUCCACAGUCUAUCCAAGGGAAUGUGACUGCAUCAAAGCCAAUUACACUUUCAAGUGCCAUUAGUUUAGCUCAUGAUCUCAUGGAUCAAGUGAUUCGUCACAAUGGAGCGACAAAGAUUGCAGAGAUAAGAAGCAAUGAUAAUAAGAGGAAGUUGGACGAGAAUCAAGAAAGAAGUUAUGAACAACACCUAUACAAGGAACCAAAUGUAAUUAAAGCAUACUAUGUCAGACAAAGUAGUAACUCAUCCUAUCUUGGAACCAAGCCUUUCUGCAACAUAUGCAAACGUCAUCAUACCAGGGAUUGUAGAGAAGUAGCUUGGGGCAACAAUAGUAGUUGUUUCAACUGUGGAGAAAAGGGACAUUUAAGAAGGAAUUGUCCAAUGUUUUUAGACCAUGAGAAUGAACAACAACAUGAGGACUGA